AUGAAUCGUGCUUCCUUGAAAUGCCCGAAUGCUGAUCAGAUUCGGUCAUGCUUCUGUGGCAUGGCGGAACACUCAUCGGCUUUUGCUAAAAAUCGUCGUAGGCGCUUACCUCCAGAAAAUCAUUGUCCCUUGGUGCUUCAGUGGCGUGCAUACUACACUUUUGGCGACCACGCCAGGAUGGUUACCACACUAGUGGGCCUACCACAAGGACCCCGGCUAUACACAGGUGCACACAAGCCUCAAAAACACGGUGCUCCCUCCGGUGUCGUGUAA